AUGGGUAGUGCUCUGCCUGAAGAUGUAUUAUUUGAGAUUUUCAUGCGUCUCCCAGUAAAAUCACUGUUGCGAUUCAAGUCUGCAUGUAAAACAUGGUAUGCACUCAUCGAAAGCUCCGACUUCAUCUAUCGCCACGCCAAUAUGACAGAUUAUAAAUCCAAGUUAGGCACCUUGAUCUGUCAAUUCGACACAUCCGAUCAGUUUUUCGUGCUUUCUGGUGAUGAGAGCUUGGAGGUGUUCGAAGAUCUAGGUAAUGGGCCAUGUUUUAAUAAGGCCUAUUCUGAUGAUCCUCCACGUAGAGAGAUGGUAGCUUCCUGUCAUGGGAUAAUCUGCAUACGAUAUAAGAAAACCAAGGAUAUUGGUCUCUGUAACCCUGCUACCAGACAAUGCAGGAUUCUCCCAAAACCGUUAAGUUACGGAAAUUUAAGUCCACGCAGUAAUUCCGUUGGCUUCGGAUUGGAUAUCGUAAACAAGGAUUACAAAGUGCUGCUAGUCACGUCAUUCAGACAAGACGGGUGGAGUCAGUCAUACCCUUUAGAUUGUGUUCGUAAAGUUCAAAUUUACAGCCUACGUAGUGAUUCUUGGAGAUGGAUAGAUGGUGGCAAUCAUUUCCCCAUCCAUUGUCUAAAUCACGAUAAAGGAGUUUAUCUGAAUGGCAACUAUUUCAUGAUAGGCCUGGAGUACUUUAACCGAACAUCUUCAUCUAAUUUUGAUAGCGAUAAAGUGAUUCUUUCGUUCGACUUUAACAAAGAGAUAUUUAGAAAAUUUCUGGCUCCAGCUGGUGCUGACUACGUACGUUUGUGUCCCCAGUUAUAUUCAGUACGUGAUAAACUGGCCUGCACUAAGUCUCAGUGUACUCGUGAUGGACUGUUUUUUGAGGUAUGGGUUCUGAAUGAUUAUAAUACGAAGGAGGAGUGUUGGACUCAACUAUAUAGAUUCAGAUCCUUAUCAUUAGUCUAUCCCUUCGGUCCGUUUGCGUUAACAAGGAAUGGCGAGUUUGGAUUUAUGAUUACUUCGUCUGAGGUUAUAAAAGUAUACAACUUUACCACGGGUGAAAUUGAGGAUCCUACUAGCUGCCUGAUCAAUACAAAAGCAAAAAGAAAAAACAAGGACAUCAAACUUGAUGAUGGGUUCAACGUUUACUUCUACAAGGAAAUCCUCGUUUCAAUCUAUUAA